AUGCCCGUCCUCCCCCACAACCUCCUCACCCGCUCCACCACCACCGCCGCCGCCGCCGCACCCGCCGCCUCAGGCCUCGCCAGCCGCCUCGCAGCCUGGUACCACUCCCUCGACGACACCUCGGGCCUCAAGCAAGCCCUCCUCAGCGACACCACCCGCAACCUCGCCAAGCGCGGCACCGAGGCCGCCCAAGCGGUGCUCGAGGACGAGCAGCUCAAGGGCUACGCCGGCCACAGCGUCAAGGUCGCCCACGACGUUGCGGACUCCGUCACCGUGUGGUACUCGGAGCUGGAGCCGGGCUAUGUGGCGAGGUUCGGGCAGUGGCUGGGCGAGCUGUGGGCGAGGGUUGUGAUGGCGUUCAGCGGGUGGGGUGGGUGGUGGGAGAAGAUCUCGGCGGUGGUGGCGGCGGUGGGGUCCGUGUUUGAGAGCUUCUUGGUGUGGUGUACUGGGCCGCAGGCGAUUAGGUUGAUGAUUAUCUGGGUGUCGAUUGUGGUGGUUGUCCAGCUGUUGACUGUGGUUGUGGGGUUCGGGCCCGCGGGGGUUGUUGCCGGCAGUCUUGCGGCCGGGUUCCAGGCAUAUGCGUAUGGCGCGUUUACGCCCGCGGGCGGCUUCUUUGCGUUCUUAACAUCGAUGGGGAUGCUGGGGCUGAUGAUGCCGCUGGGACUGCUAGCGGGCGCUGUGCUCGCAAGUUUCGUCACGAUCAUUUGCUUCUUUCUGGGAGUGGGGUUGUAG